GCACACAACGAAACAGAGGGACCUUCCUCUCCUUCAAUGGCGUCUUCCCUCUCGUCUCUCUCUUCCAUACCUCACUCUGCGCUUCGCAUCAGAAUCCAGAGACGAUGCUGCUUCAACAGUCUGCGGUUCCUCUACACGAAGCCGCACGCCUCGUGCUCAAUUCCUCACCGCCGUCUCGAGCAGAGAUCAAUCAAGAGAAGUUUCGCACUUAAUCUCAGGAGAGACUUCUCCGACUCUCACCAGCUCCCUCUCUCUAGCAAGUUCGACGGACCCUCUCUCCAACAUUUCAUCGCUCAAGCUUCCCUCACUGCUUCUGAAUCACAGCCUGAGCUUCUGGCAGCUUCUGAACCUUCUUUGACUUCAAGAGGUCGUAUUUAUCAUGAGACUUAUGGGUGCCAAAUGAAUAUCAAUGAUAUGGAGAUUGUCCUAUCUAUUAUGAAGAAUGCUGGAUAUAAUGAAGUUGUGGAUGUUCCAGAGAUUGCGGAGGUCAUAUUUAUAAACACCUGUGCCAUUAGGGACAAUGCUGAGCAAAGAGUGUGGCAGAGGCUUAAUUAUUUUUGGUUUCUAAAGAGGCACUGGAAAAGCAAUGUAGCUCAAGGAAGGUCACAGUCCGUACGCCCUCCAAAAGUGGUUGUGUUGGGAUGUAUGGCAGAAAGGUUAAAGGAUAAGAUACUGGACGCGGAUAAGAUGGUUGAUGUGGUCUGUGGACCUGAUGCUUAUAGAGAUUUGCCAAGAUUGUUGGAAGAAGUAGACUAUGGUCAGAAAGGGAUCAACACUCUUCUUUCUCUGGAGGAGACAUAUGCUGACAUUAGUCCCGUUCGAAUUUCCAAAAAUUCUGUUACUGCUUUUGUCUCUGUGAUGAGGGGUUGCAAUAAUAUGUGUUCAUUUUGCAUUGUUCCUUUUACUAGAGGCAGAGAGCGUUCUCGUCCUGUGGAAUCCAUAGUGAAGGAAGUGGCAGAGCUUUGGAAAGAAGGAGUGAAGGAGGUAACACUUUUGGGCCAGAAUGUUAACAGCUAUAAUGAUGCAUCAGGGGUUGAAAAAGAAGUUGAACCAGGAACAAAUUGGAGAUAUAGUGAAGGCUUUAAAAGCAUGGCUAAGGUGAAAAGGAUGGGUUUACGUUUUGCUGAUCUCUUGGAUCGACUUUCUUUAGAGUUCCCUGAAAUGAGGUUCAGAUACACAUCACCACACCCCAAAGAUUUCCCAGAUGAGUUACUGUAUAUCAUGCAAGACCGUCAUAAUAUAUGCAAAUACAUCCAUUUGCCAGCACAAUCAGGAAGUAGCAAAGUACUUGAAAGGAUGCGCCGGGGAUACACAAGAGAGGCGUACUUAGAUCUUGUGAAAAAGAUACGGAGAAUUGUUCCGGAUAUGGGAUUUAGCAGUGACUUUAUAUGUGGUUUCUGUGGUGAAACAGAGGAAGAACAUGCCGAGACUUUAAGCCUAAUAAAGGUUGUUGGUUAUGACAUGGCCUACAUGUUUGCAUACAGCAUGAGAGAGAAAACCCAUGCCCACAGAAACUAUGUUGACAAUGUUCCUGAUGAAGUGAAGCAGAGGAGGCUUACAGAACUUAUCCAGGCAUUCCGUGAGAGUACAGGUCAGUGUUACGACUCUCAGGUUGGAACCACCCAACUUGUGUUGGUUGAAGGACCUAACAAGAGAGCACCAGAAACAGAGCUCGUUGGCAAGAGUGACAGAGGCCAUAGAGUUUCAUUCAUCAAUCUUCCUCUUCCUGACCGAGACAGUAAUAUUAGUGAUAAGCGGAAUCCUGUUGUUGGGGAUUUUGUAGAAGUCCACAUCACAAGGUCAACAAGAGCUUCACUUUAUGGAGACGCACUUGCUAUAACUAAGUUAAGCUCAUUUUACAACCAUGCAGAGGAACCAGCCAUUGCCUGUGCAAGCCAAAGUUGAAACCCUAGUUUUUGUAGUAUGAUAUUUAUCUCUUUGUUUCUGUUCUUUUACCAUAAAACUACAUCAUUCAUUUUCACAAUGGUAAAGUAGCUUCUUACUUGUGAGUUUGAUCUAACAGUUAAAUUCCUUGUUGGGUCAUAACUCAAAACAGUUACCUCAAAAGAUGGUGAGCAUUCGCAGAAACAAUAAUGCCAUGAAACAGCGAGGAAGAGCAGACAGUCACUAGAUAAUUCACAAUUGUUUGGUCAUUCUCCCCAUACCAAAAAGGUUGCUGGCCCCACUAGCUAGGCCCGGUGGGUUUCCCCUGUAAGGUAACACC